CACGUACAUUUCCUUGGAGGGGGGCAGUGCUCACCAAAUCCUCCCCACCCUACUCGAUCGAGAGAGAUGGGAAAGAUCUACACACUGGCCGAGGUUUUGACGCACAACUCCCCCAAGGACUGUUGGCUCAUCAUCAACGGCAAGGUUUUUGACGUCACUAAAUUCUUGGAAGAUCACCCUGGAGGAGAGGAGGUUCUGUUGGCAUCAAUCGGGAAAGAUGCAAGUGAUGAUUUUGAAGAUAUCGGGCAUAGCACCACCGCCAGAGCAAUGAUGGUUGAGUACUGUGUUGGAGAGAUUGAUGUUGCAACAAUCCCUAAGAGGGUCAAAUACACACCUCCCAAGCAGCCUCACUACAGCCAGGACAAGACGGCCGAGUUCAUCAUCCGCCUCCUCCAGUUCUUGGUUCCGUUGGCCAUCUUGGGAUUGGCUGUUGCCGUGAGAUUCUGCACGAAAUCGUCGUAAAUUGUUCUUUAGUUUGCAUUCAGUGAGAGAGUGAUGUUGUGAUCUCCUGUGUUGCCCCCAGAUUCGGAUACUAUGGUUUGACCAUCAAGUGUUUGCUUUUAAGCCUCA